AUGCGCUUCUCCACCGGCGUGCUCCUCGCCGCCGCAGCCCUGCCGCUCGUCGCGGCCGAGCUGCAGCCCAUCCGCCGCCAGGCCUCCAGCAGCGCCGCCAGCAGCAGCACGCGCACCCGCACGCGCACCAGCGGCUCCAGCGCCACGGGCGCCGCCAGCUCGAGCAUCUCGGGCGUCGCGCCCGGCGCCAUCACGACGCCGCCGCCCUUCACCGGCACGCUGCCGGCGAGCAUCAGCAGCAUUGUCGCCACCAUCACGGCCGGCACGGACGCCGUGACGCCCACGUACCCGCUGCCGACGACGUUCAGCGCCGGUGCCAGCCCCACGGCCAUCUCCAACGCGCCAGCGCUGCCCUCUACACCCGCUCCGUCAAGCUACCCGGAGCUGGACAAGCUGCCAUUGAGCAGCUUCCCCGGCUCGGCCGAGAUCCUCGCCGCCGUUGACCUCUCGGGUGUCCCGUCGGACAUUCAGCCGUCGACCGACGGCUCGUGCGGCGGCUCGCCGACGAACCUGGCGCGCGCCGGUUCGAGCGGCAUCUGCUGGUGGACGUGCGGCGGCUGCACGCGCGACACGGACGUGACGACGUGCCCGGAUGUGAACACGUGGGGUCUCUCGUACGAUGACGGACCAUCGCCGUACACGCCGAAGCUGCUCGAGUACCUCGAGGCCAACAACCUCAAGUCGACGUUCUUCGUCGUCGGCUCGCGCGCCAUCUCGCGUCCCGACAUGCUCCGCUACGAGCACAUGACAGGCCACCAGAUUUCCGUGCACACGUGGUCGCACCCGGCACUGACGACGCUGAGCAACGAGGAGAUUGUGCUCGAGCUCGGCUGGACCAAGAAGGUCAUUCACGACAUCACGGGCGUGACGCCCAACACGAUGCGCCCGCCGUACGGCGACAUUGACGACCGCGUUCGCGCCAUCUGCAAGGCCAUGAACCUCACGCCCAUCAUCUGGACGUCGACGGGCCCCGAGACGAACUACGACACCAACGACUGGCGCAUCGGCGCCGGCCAGGUCACUGCCGCCGAGGUCGUCUCCGUCUUUGACGGCAUCAUCGCCAACGCCUCGUCGCUGUCGACGGGCUACAUUGUGCUGGCGCACGACCUGUACAAGCAGUCCGUCGAGCUGGCUACCGAGGUGAUCCUGCCGCAGGCGCUCUCGGCGAGCCCCAAGCAGAACAUCGUGCCGAUCAUCACCUGCCUCAACCAGCCGCUUGGCAACGCCUACGUCGAGACGAACCAGAAUGCCACCAACGGCCAGAGCUCGCCCACCGCCACGCUCACGGGCAGCAACGCCGUCACGACGGGCAACCCGGCCUCGGGCGCCAACGGCAACCGGAGCGGCGCUGCCGGCUCGCUCGAGCUGGGCACGCAGCAUCUCGUCGGCGCCGCCGCCGUGCCCACCUGA